AUGCUUCCAAAGAUUGCAACUAUAAUCUCAGUUUUUCUGGUUAGUUUGGCGCUGAUUGACGAGACUGUGUCGGUGUCACGCGUCGCCAGCAGCUCAUCUCGCCUUUGGGACCCUAAGUAUACACAAAAUGGAUUAGGCCACGGGCCCUUAGACAAUGUGACAGAAACAGGCUCCACGAACCCCACUGGGCCCUCGUACUUCUCCGAUCUGGUUCAUCUCAUGAGUGGCUAUGGGUCGCAUGAGUGUCACGAGAUUCCUAAGAAGAUGAAACUCUGCACUGGUCUCGGCUACAACAUGAUGGUGCUGCCCAACAGCCUAGAGCAUACGAGGGUUGAAGAGGUGAUUGCUCAGUCGGAGAUUUGGCUGACGCUUGUCAACAUUGGCUGCCAUGAGGAGCUGCGCCUCUUUCUAUGCUCACUUUAUGCUCCGAUUUGUAUUGCGGAUCAUAAAGACAAGCUGAUACAGCCGUGUCGGGAUCUGUGCGAAAGCGUGAGAGGUGCCUGCUUGCCGAUUAUGUCCAAAUUCGGACUCCGUUGGCCUGACAUGGUGACGUGUUCCAAAUUUCCCACAGGCCAAAAUGAGGUCUGCAUUCCUUCGAAGAAGCAGACAAGUAAGCACCGGUUUUACAUGGAGUCAAUUCUAUUCUAUAAAAGCUGUUUAAAAAGUAUCCCUGCGGUGACUAGGACCUUGAGUGAGCAGCCAUUACCCACAUUCCUGGCCCGAGUGAAAGUACAGGAACUUCGGCCGAUAGCAGACGGGAGGAAUGACAGUUACACAAUACGAGGCAGAUUUAGAGCGUUCCCCAACAAACGGCCCACUCGCGGUGUCCCGGCUUCAAAGUUGCAGUAUCGAGUGGACUGUGACUGUCCCAUUAUAAAGGCAGCAGCUAUGCAGCGAAAUGGAGCCGGCCGCUGGCUUGUGAUGGGUAAUCUCUCAGCAGACGGAAACGUAGUUCAGGUAUGUCAAUUUUUUAUGAUAUGUUCUGCGUAA